AUGGAGGCCAUCUUCAACGUGCAGUCAAAGUUCGCCCUGGAGCGCGGCCUCAGCAAGAUCAAGGCCAUCCGCAACGAAAACUACAAGCGCCACGGCACCAAGUCAUACGUCUACCUGCUCAACCGCUUUGGCUUUGAGCCCACCAAGCCCGGCCCGUACUUCCAGGGCGCCUCGUUCCACCAGCGUGGACUUGCCCACCCAGACUUUCACGAGGCUCGUGGGGGUCGCGUCCACAAGAAGAAGCACCUGAAGAAGAAGCAGACUCCAGAGGGCGUCGCAGACCCUAGCGGAACGGAGACUGGAGAAGUGGGGGCUGAGGACCAGCAAAAUGACUCGGAGUAUCUUUGCGAGGUGACCAUUGGCACGCCUGGCCAGAAGCUGCUGCUGGACUUUGAUACCGGUUCCUCUGAUCUUUGGGUCUUCUCCACUGAGUUGAGCAAGUCUCUCCAAAGCAACCACACAGUCUUCAACCCCAAGAACUCGUCCACCUUCAAGGUGCUCACUGGCCAGAAAUGGCAAAUCUCCUAUGGUGACGGCAGUUCAGCAGGCGGUGACUGUGGCUCUGACAACGUGACCGUCGGUGGCCUCACCAUUAAAAAUCAGACCGUUGAGCUCGCAUCAACCCUUGCUCAGCAGUUUGCUCAGGGCACCGGUGAUGGUCUCCUCGGCCUUGCCUGGCCAUCUAUCAACACCGUCACAACCAACGGCAAGCCCACGCCCGCCAACACCCCCGUUGCCAACAUGAUCACCCAGGACGACAUUCCCAGCGAGUCUCAGCUCUUCACUGCUGCGUUCUACAGCGAGCGAGAUGCCAACGCCGAGUCCUUUUACACAUUCGGCUACAUCGACCAGGAUCUCGUCACAGCCUCCGGACAGCAGAUUGCCUGGACCGACGUCGACAACUCUCAGGGCUUCUGGAUGUUCCCCUCGACCAGCAGCUCCGUCAACGGCCAGGCCAUCUCUCAGUCCGGCAACAGCGCCAUCGCCGACACUGGCACCACCUUGGCGCUGGUCUCUGACGACGUCUGCGAUGCUCUGUACAAGGCUAUUCCCGGCGCGAAAUACGACGACCAACAGCAGGGCUACGUGUUCCCCAUGAGCACGGAUGUGUCUAGUCUCCCUGAAUUCAAGGUCUCCGUCGGAAACACGCAGUUUGUGAUUCAGCCCGAGGACCUGGCCUUUGCUCCUGCGGAUAACAACAACUGGUACGGAGGUGUUCAGUCCAGAGGAGACAACCCCUUUGACAUUUUAGGCGACGUGUUCUUGAAGUCUGUUUAUGCGAUCUUCGACCAAGGCAACCAGCGAUUUGGUGCCGUCCCCAAGAUCCAGGCUACCCAGAACCUGAACCCUCCUUCUAACCAGUAA